CUCCCUCGUCUCUCUCACCUUCGUCUUCGCCCGCUCUGCAACGUUCGUCACAGAGAGAGAGAGAGAGAGAGAGAGAGAGAGAGAGAGAGAGAGAGAGAUGAGCACUUACUACAACCAGAAUCAUCCGCCGGUUGGCGCCCCUCCGCCGCAAGGGUACCCGAAAGUCGAAGGCUAUCCUCCUCCGGGGUAUCCGGCGCAGGGUUAUCCGGCGCAGGGGUAUCCUCCGCAGCAAGGAUAUGGCCAGCCCUACUACGUAGAGCAGCCCCGCCAGAGGAGGGACACCGGCUUUCUUGAAGGAUGCUUAGCGGCGCUUUGCUGUUGUUGUCUUCUGGAUGCGGUUUUCUGAGGCAGGCUCUGCGGCGACAGGAAGGAUUUUAGGGAAGAUCGUUCCGGUUUCCACCUCUGCAGGUCGGACGGAGGUGUUAGUGUCAUGAUCUAUCAGGAUGAUUUGGCUGUGAUAUCUUUAUUUAUUGAAUGAUCUCUGUCGAUGUGUAUAUCUGUGGAGACUAUUGUUACUCUUCCUAUUCACUGAUUAUGAGACAUGUCCCUUUUCUGAGCUCA